UGUGACUCUACUUUUCAUUAAGGACUAAUAUAUGAUUUUGAGAACUGGUAGAAGCUUGUGACUCAUCAAAAAAUGACAAAAAUGUGCUGCUUUUCAUGGAAGAGCUGACGCAAUAGCAAGAUCUAAAGGUACUUGUUGACUCACUGUAUAGUACUGUAUGAAUAUCUGGAUUUGAUCUUCAAGGUUGCUUGCAUAAUGACGGGCCUCGCAGGAUAUUGUUACCGUGAUCUAUUAUGGCCUAUGCUUUUUCUUCCUCGUGUCGGUACCCCACCUGUUCCUCGCUUUCCUCUUCUCCUCAAAACCACGUCAAAUCUCCAGUAUUCAUCUGGAUUCUGCGUUUACUGUAUAUUAGUAGGUAGCAUUUCUUUUAAGAACCCGUGAAGAGGCACUGGAAAAUACUGACGGUUAUUAUAACUCGAUUCUUUCCCAGCACAUCGUCCCUUUUGAAAGGGACCAACACCAUGGAGCUACCACAGAACGCCACAGUGAACAAGCCUCCCGAGGAAGAUCAAUCGGUUCAAGAGAUUCUGCGAAAGAUUGACGACAUCGUAGAAGGCACGUUUCGCAUGAACGAUGUAAUUGCGCAAUCACAAGGUGUCGUUGCUUUUGCUGGCAAUUCUGUCGACUCUCAAUCGGCACUACUCGAUAUGUUCAAAGAUGUGAUGAUUGCGAUUCAGAGGAAGGCGUCCAAGGCAGUCCAUGAAGUUGAAAUGAAGCUAGGCCCCAAUUUGCAGCUUAAGAAUAGCCAUGACAUUGCCGAAGCGUCAUUGGAGGACCUGGUCGGGGUUAACCCAAAAAGCCAAUCGAAUCAACUGCUAGGCCGAGCGCUCCUUGGUGGCAAGCAGAGUUACAAGCUUCGCGACCAUAUCUCUAUCAACCCGAGUCUUCGCCUGUUCGUCGACGACGAUACUGCCGGAUUAUCACAGGCGAACCCCCAAGACCCUUUUGUGAUCUUGCAACCUACAUUACGGAACGUGUGGGUGGUUCAGCACGCCUACGCAAGACUACAGAAUUAUAAGGAAAGGCUUAUCAGAGAGUAUCAAGCCUCAGUCGACCCUAGCCUUGGGUCGAGUCGCAAGUUUGCACGCGAGUACUACGAAGAUCUCAGUCUAGCAAACCUCCCGUCGAAGAACAAGCUCGGAAACUUACUUGAUGUCAAACGCUCUCCGGACAAUCAAGCCACCCACGACAUGAUGAUCGCUCUUCUAUUCACAACCCUUGAAGGCGACCCUCGGUUUGUAGAGGCGGUUACAGAGGAAGACGUCGGUCUGAAUGGGGAGGACGAUGGGAGUUCUUACUUGGUAAUCCCCGUUGCCGAAGCAAGCAUCAAGAUGUUGUAUGACACAUACAAAUCUCUCAGAAAAGCGACAUCAGAGCAACGCCGGGCAGCCAAAGACAAGGUGUUCGCAGCCAAUCUACCGGUAGAUGCGGUGGACGAGCUAGAGAAACAGUUCAACAUCGGCGGUAGCGAGAAUUCUGACCAGACAGGCGGCGGUAAUAGCAAGAAGCGUCGCAGGAUGCUAGAGGACGAAUGAAUUCGCCCAGGAGAUGCGAAUUGUGAACAAAAAGACUCGACGAGUUUCAGCGGUCCAACUCUGCCAACUCUCGUGCUCACCCACACACCUAACGCUUUGUCUCCAAUAGCAAAGAGUAAUAUGGGUUCGAAGACUUAGAUAUAACAUACAUAGCUUUGCCUUGC